ACAGCUUCAAAAAAAGAAUUAGAAAAAAAAUUGCCGAAAUGAAAAGAGAGUAGCCAGCUGCGAAUCUUGGUAAAAUACCUCAUAACCACUAAACAGGAAAUAAGCAUCAUUUUGUAAAAACAAGUGGCGGACAGUUGCAGCUGACCCUCUUAGCCGAUAGGAGAGAGAGAGUAGAGAGAGAGAGAUUGAAUUUUGAAACCCUUUUACUUUUCCUCUUUCUCUCUCUCUCUCUCUUUGUUUUUUUUUCUAAUUUAAUGUUUAGUAUUUAAAAAUUCCACUGAGCUACCACUAUUUAUAAUUCCGAUAUAUAAUCCUGAUACAAUUGCGCCAUUUAUACACUCCAAGAUUUCAUUUCAAUAAAGAAACCGUAGCCACAUCUUUUUCUAUUCGAAAAAAAAAACCAUGAUAGCGUAUAUAGAGAGGUUUGUACACGAAAACGACGUCGACUCCAUGCCGGAGCAGGACACGGCGGCGGAGCAGGACCGCGGCGACGUCUUGCCGCUCUUCAACGGCGUCGACCUCCACGGGACGGUGGAAUUCGCCGGAUGCGGAUGCGGCUCAGACGCCGGUAAAGAUUUCGGCGGGACCCACUUCACUGAGCCGUUGGCCGUCAUUCGGCCCUCAAACAGCGCCGACGUGGCGAAGGUUGUCAGGCUGGCGUCGCGGUCGCCGCACCUGACCGUGGCUGCCCGCGGUAACGGGCACUCCGUCAACGGGCAGGCCAUGGCCCACCGCUCCCUCGUCCUCGACAUGAAGUCAAUCGAAAGUAGAAUCGACGUUGACCCCGCGGCGGAGCUGGCUGACGUCAGCGGCGGUGCAUUGUGGGAGGAUGUACUGGAGCACUGCGUUUCCCGGUACGGCCUCGCCCCACGCUCGUGGACGGAUUACUUGGGUUUGACGGUCGGCGGCACUCUGUCUAACGCCGGCGUUAGUGGUCAGGCUUUCGUUUACGGUCCCCAGACGGAAAAUGUAACGGAGCUGGAAGUCGUUACAGGAAACGGCGACGUAUUGGUUUGUUCCAAGAAUCAGAAUCCGGAACUCUUCUUCAGCGUUCUUGGUGGACUCGGGCAGUUCGGAGUCAUCACUCGGGCCCGGGUCAUGCUCCAACCCGCACCCGACAUGGUGAGGUGGAUAAGGGUGGUGUACAGUGAGUUCAGCGAUUUCACUCGGGAUGCCGAGUUGCUGGUGACUCGGCCGGCGGGUGACUCGUUCGAUUACGUGGAAGGUUUUGUAGUCACCAACAGCGAUGACCCGGUUAACGGGUGGCCAACGGUUCCAUUGGAUACAAAUCAAUCAUUUGACCCGACCCGGAUCCCUCGUAAUGCCGGCCCGGUUGUUUACUGCCUUGAGGUGGCCUUGCAUUACAGUAAUGAGGACCCGCCUUUCACAGUUGACAUGAGGGUGGAGAGAUUGAUGGGAGGGAUGAGAGUGAAGGAGGGAAUGAGGUUCGAGGUGGAAGUGGGGUACGUGGAGUUUCUGUCACGUGUGAAGCGUGCGGAGAAAGAGGCAAAGGCAAAUGGUAUAUGGGAAGCCCCACACCCGUGGCUUAACCUAUUCAUCUCCAAAACAGACAUCGCUCAUUUCGACCGUCUUGUCUUUCAGAAUAUUUUGCACCAUGGCGUCGGUGGCCCUAUGCUUGUCUACCCUCUACUACGUUCCAAGUGGGAUAGCCGGAAAUCGACGGUGUUGCCGGAAGGGGAGAUAUUUUAUUUGGUGGCGCUGCUGCGGUUCUGCUUCCCAUAUCCAAAAGGUUUGUCGGUGCAAGAAAUGGUUGUACAGAAUCAAGAAAUUGUUCAAACAUGCACUAACAAUGGCUUUGACUUCAAGUUGUACCUUCCCCAUUACAACUCCACAGAUGAUUGGAAACACCACUUUGGGAAUCAAUGGACCAGAUUUCAGGGGAGAAAAGCCUCUUUUGAUCCAAUGGCUCUCCUUGCACCUGGCCAGAAAAUAUUUCCUAGAAAUUGGCAGCCCUCCUGAUUUUUUUUUUCCAUUUAUUAUUUGGUGGUGGUGCUUUUUUUAUUUUUAUUAUUAUUUUUUUUUAUUUUCCACUCUCUUUACGGGGGUUUAAUUAAUUUCCAGAUGUAAAUGAAUUAUCUCGACGAAAAUUUUAAUUUUUUUUAUUUCUAUUUUUUAAUUUCUAGGUAUCAAUAAUUAGUGGUGUGCUGGGCCAAAUCCAAUAGGCAAUAAGAUUUGUGUUGUAUGACAGAAAUGUGGAAAGUCCAAAAAUGGUGGUUUGUCUUUACAAGAGAAUGACAAUUUUAUCAGCCU